AUGGGCCAAUGUGCAAGGGUUACAGGAGAUAAACAGAUUGCUAAAACGAUGGAGGCGAAAUGUUAUAUCCAGAGCUGGACUCGGUAUGUGUUGAUUUGUAUUUUAUUUGCUUCAUGGAAAUCAGCAGAUGCAGUGACUCAUUAUUCAAUAGACGAGGAAAUGGAGGAAGGUUCAGUGGUCGCUAAUUUGGCUUCUGAUCUGGGCCUUGACGUUAAGAUGCUUUCGGAACGGAUGAUUCGACUCGAAAUCGUAGCGAACAGGAAAUAUCUGGACGUGAACAAAGAGACCGGGGACCUGUAUAUUGUCGAGAGGAUUGACCGGGAAUAUCUUUGCACGUCAAAAACCUCAACGUGUUUCUUACGAUUGGAAGCCAUUGUAGAAAAUCCGAAACGUAUAUUCUUUAUUGAAGUAGAGAUAAUCGAUAUAAAUGAUAAUACCCCUCAUUUUAGGAGAGACGCUAAUGAAUUGGACAUUUCAGAGGCAACUCAGGCCGGAGAACGAUUCUCUGUCAACAAUGCAGUUGAUCCUGAUGUUGGUUCUAACUCCGUGAAAACAUAUCAUUUGAGCACUAGUGACCAUUUCGACAUCGAAAUUCAAACGGGAAGAGAUGGUGCAAAGUUUGCUGAUCUAAUUCUUCAAAAGGCUCUGGACCGUGAACAGCAGGCCGUUCAUAAUCUAAUUCUCACCGCUGUAGAUGGCGGGACACCGUCGCGCACCGGCACAGCGAGCAUUACGGUGCGGGUGUUAGACACUAAUGACAACGCCCCACAGUUUGACAAAGAGCACUAUACAAUUAAAAUAAUGGAAAACUCUCCAAUAGGAAGCCUCGUGCUUAAACCUAAUGCAACAGACUUAGAUGAUGGAUCUAAUGCAGAAAUAGAAUACAUGUAUAGUUUAUAUACUUCAGAAAUGACCCAAAACACAUUCAAUGUCAACCCUCGCACGGGAGAGAUAACAGUGAAAGGAGUACUGAACUACGAGGAUUUUAAGCUUUAUGACAUGGAAGUGAUAGCAACGGAUAAAGGUGUGCCGGCCUUAUCCGGGCAAUGCAAAGUAACGGUAGUCGUGGAGGACAUGAAUGACAACCAUCCUGGGAUUUCAAUCAAGUCCUUUCAAAGUCCCGUCAAGGAAAACAUAGAAGUAGACACUGUCAUAGCUGUGGUGAGCGUUAGUGAUAAAGACUCAGGGGAUAAUGGAGUCGUUGACAUCCGGAUUCCUGAAAAUAUGCCUUUCAAAUUAAGGGAAUCUUCUGGUAAUUAUUUUGAGCUUGUUGUUUCAGAACCUUUAGACCGAGAGAAGGUUCCAGAAUAUGACAUCACGUUCACAGUUACAGACAGAGGUUCUCCUCCACUAUCUGAUAAUGAAACCAUGACUUUAGAGCUACUGGAUGUUAAUGAUAAUGUCCCCCAGUUCCCUCAGUCUUUCUAUACUAUUCGUGUGAUGGAGAAUAAUGCUCCUGGAGCCUUGCUAGAUUCUCUCACUGCGUACGACCCAGACCUCCAUGAAAACCAGUAUCUAGUGUAUUUCAUCAUAGAGAGGGAGAUAGCAAACACCUCCAUGUCCAUGCUGUUCUCCAUUAGCCCAGAGAAUGGGAAACUAUAUGCUCUGAAGACGUUUGACCAUGAGAUUGAGAAGGAGUUUAUUUUCCACAUUGAGGCCAGAGACUCUGGUGUUCCUCCACUCAGCAGUAAUGUGACAGUCCACAUCAUUAUUGUGGACCAGAAUGACAACACUCCAGUCAUCGUGUCCCCAUGGCGCGCUCACGGCUCAGUGGUGGAGGAGAAGAUCCCCAGAUCCACCGACAAAGGCUCUCUGGUUUCCAAGGUGAUUGCUAUCGACGGCGACUCUGUGUUGAACUCAAGGAUUACCUACCAGUUUCUACAGGUGACGGACGCCACCUUGUUCAGUCUGGACCAGUACAACGGAGAGAUCCGGACCAUGAGAAUGUUCAGUUACAGAGACCCCCGUCUCCAACGGCUUGUUGUGGUUGCCAAGGACAACGGAGAGCCUGCUCUCUCUGCUACCGUUACCAUCAAGCUGUCCACAGUGGAGACCGCGGUCAAGGCCUACUCAGACAUGACCGAAGUGCCCCUAGAGUACGACAUCUUUUCAGACUUAAAUCUGUAUCUGGUCAUCGGCCUGGGCUCGGUGUCCUUCCUCUUGUUGAUCACCAUAUUGGUCACCAUCGUUCUCAAGUGUCAGAAACCCAAGUCCAGCAAAGCUGCUCCUCCCUGCAGGAACAGUGUGGUCAGUGAGAGGAACUCUUUUGCAGAUUCCACUCUGGUGUCCAACGAUGCCUACUGGUACAGCAUGUUUCUAGCGGAGACCAGGAAAGGGAAGCUGGUGGUUAGACAGCCAGCGCCAAAGGGCUCCAGGUACAUAGUGUCCAGUUUACCACGGAGCACUGGCCUCACAGAGACGAGCGGCUCAGCACCCUCCACGCUGCAGGUGAGGACUGCGGCAAACGAUUCAUGUGUUCACCUGGUGAAUUCUAAUGCAUACGUUGGCUCCUUAUAUAAUUUAAUGCUAUCCAUUUAAUCUUUGAAGUUCAUCUGUUUACUCUCCACUCUGCAGGUGAGACUCCUCCUAAUUUCUUAUGUAGUCUCAGUUCUUUAGAACAUCUGAUGAACGUUGGUUUGGUGGAUCAACCAGGUAGUGUGUUUAUAUGUAAGCAGCUUUGAUUCCACCCUGUGGUCUUUGCUACAUUUAGUAACUCCUUACCUCGAUUGCUGUGUACACACUUGCCUUGUCCGUAAGAAAACGUGACCAAAGCGAUGUAUAUUUUUUAGCAGUCAUUUUCCAAAUAUAUUUCAUCCAAAGGGAAUUGCAAGGCUGAUUACUAUCAUAGCAGACAAUCAUCAGAUCAACUACACAGCAUGUAUUCACAACCCGGUAUCUAAAAAAACAAAAGGGCAGACUAUCUAUAGGAAUCAGAUCACAAGGUUAGGUGGAUUGUUGAGGUAGACAGUUCCGUAGUUGUCAGUGUAUUGCGUAUAGAUUCUCAAUUCUACACAAGCGCUAUCAUAAAGAACAUUGGACGAGGUGAUCCAGGGAGAGAUGGGUGUUAAGAUGUUUUUUUUUAAGAAAAAGGUCUGCAUUGUGAAUCGGUCCCCUGAAGUGACGGAGGUUAAGUGCUGGCCUGCACCUAUGUGAUCCUCUGAAGGUAGUGACUGAAUAGUGGUUGGAGGUUGGUUGCAGAUUAUAUUACCAACCCUAUGGAUUUUAGCUUGUCACAGGUGGCUACAGGGAUCCAGGGGAGAGACAUGUAGAGGGCUGUGAAGUGCCGAGGUUAGUUUAACCAUAAGUUCAGUGCUGCUUUCUGAAGGGUGUGAUGUGGAGAAUCACUCGCUGGUAGUGACCCAUGACCCAAGCAGAGCCUGGAACAAAGGUUGAGUGUUUCACCUUGAAAAUGGAUUUAUUAUGUAAGCAUGUUAUUUUUGAAAACGCACGCAGGUCCCUAAGCCUUCCAUUAAAAAAAAACAACAGCAUUCCUCUA